AUGACGCAGAAAAGCAACAUCGACCUUUGCGACGAUCUGAACUCGUCUCUGCAGACUCUCCACCGCUGCAGGAAAAUGCCUCUAGACGGAGUCAAAAAUAUUGUUUUAGUCCUCUCUGGCAAAGGUGGAGUUGGCAAAUCCUCCGUUACCUUACAGCUCGCCCUUGCCCUCUCCCUGCACGGUAAAUCCGUCGGCAUCCUCGACAUUGAUCUGACCGGUCCCUCAAUUCCCCGCUUAGUUGGUCUGGAAGAUGCCAAAAUCACCCAGGCUCCUGGCGGUUGGGUGCCUGUGACGGUCCAUGAGGCCGAGAACCAUCACCCAUCGUCAGCGUCAUCCUCCUCUCCCGCUGACGGAACCGAACUUCCAUCCUCACGGGGCUCCUUGCGAUGCAUGUCACUGGGAUUCCUGUUGCGCGAUCGUGGCGAUGCCGUCAUCUGGCGCGGGCCUAAGAAAACAGCAAUGAUUCGACAGUUCCUGUCGGACGUACACUGGGGUGAAACCGACUACCUCCUGGUGGAUACGCCGCCAGGUACGAGCGACGAACACAUUGCAUUGGCAGAACAGCUCCUGACGCUUUCGACGACGGGUGCAUCGGUAGCGACAUCCUCGUUGUCGUCACGGAUGCCCCGGUUGGCAGGAGCGGUGCUAGUCACGACGCCGCAGGCGAUCGCGACAUCUGAUGUUCGAAAAGAAGCGAAUUUCUGUGUCAAGACGCGCAUUCCCAUCCUCGGGGUCAUCGAGAAUAUGUCCGGGUAUACGUGUCCGUGCUGUGGGGAGGUCACGAAUCUGUUUUCCAGUGGGGGAGGUCAGGUCAUGGCACAGGAAAUGGGGAUCAAAUUCCUGGGUAUUGUGCCGGUGGACGUCAAGUUUGGGGAGUUGGUGGAGGGAGGGACGCUGGUAGGGGACAGUGAUGAAAACGACGAGGAGCAAGAAGACGAGGAAGAGAAUGGAAUGGAUCAGACUCUGGUGGAUGAUCGGCCGCUGGUGGAAAGGUACCGCGAUUGUUGGUCGUAUUCACGGUUCGAGGAGUUUGCUAAAGAAUUACUAUCUGAUAUCGAGGGGCGCCGAGGAUAG